UACUUUCGCACUUCACUGUGUAAGUUUAUAACUGCGUUUCAAGGCCUAGUCAGCUCAUCAUAAGGUCUCUCACUGCAGUGCAAAUAACAUCGAUGUUCUAGCUAGCUAGCUCCAGAUUCACAUCCUUCUUUCUCUUGUUCCCUCGUUACUGAGCUCUGCCAACGCAUUGCGGUCGAACAGCGGUGUGCAAUGGCUACCUUCGCGGACCGUAGUCAAGACCUUGGCGUCCAAUCGCCACAGCUGUCGCUUCCACCACCGGAUUUGUCCAAUUGCAAAAAGAGCGAUAUCCGCAGCUAUUUCCUGAACUCGUAUGAUAUCUACGAAGCGCUGUUCAGCUCCAUCCAAGAUGACUCGACGUUCUACAAGCAACCAGAUAAGCUACGCUUGCAGCUCAUCUUCUACCUGGGCCAUACGUCUGCAGUCUAUGUCAACAAACUGGUACUCAGCAGCUCUCUCCAGGACCGACUCCAAAGUCCAAUGGAUGCUAUCUUUGAAACCGGAGUUGACGAGAUGGUCUGGGAUAGUACGGAUCAUUGCCGUCUGGGCGGUGAUUUCAACUGGCCUCGUGUGCAAGAGGUGUGGCAGUAUCGCAGUGACGUCAAGCGCGUGAUAUUGGAUCUGAUUGAUGCCGAAGCGUUUGACCUGCCUCUUCUCCACAAGGACCCCUGGUGGGCGCUGGUGUUGGGAAUUGAGCAUGAGAGAAUUCAUUUGGAAACGUCGUCCGUUCUGCUUCGUGAGCUGCCAGUGGAGUUGCUGAAGGCACCGUCUGGCUGGCACUAUGCCCCAGCAAGCACUGUCGCCGCCUCAACAAAGACCACCGGCAAUGAAGAUGAGAAUGGAAGUGGCAAGAAUGAAUUCAUUGCUGUUCGGGCACAGUCAGUAUCGAUCGGCAAACCCGAUGAUUUCCCCUCGUUUGGCUGGGACAACGAAUAUGGACAUUUGAAUGUGAAGGUUCCUGACUUUGAAGCUCAACAGUACCUCACCAGUAACCAGGACUUCCUGGAAUUUGUGGAAGCCGACGGCUACAAUUGCAGACAAUACUGGAGUGAGGAAGGCUGGAAGUGGCGCUGUGCUAGGAAAGCAACUCACCCAACAUUCUGGAUCUGUACUGAUGGUUGCCAGGCUGGAUGUGACGGUGACCUGAAUGAACAUUCACACUGCACCAAGACCGGUGGAGGACAAGACGGAGCAUUCAGGUAUCGUGCCAUGUUCGACGUGAUCGACAUGCCUUGGUCAUGGCCAGCGGAGACUAACUAUCAUGAAGCACGUGCAUACUGCAAGUGGCUCGGUGACAACUGCCGCAUCAUCACUGAGGCCGAGUUCCUCGCUAUUCAGGAUCGACAGAGUGUCCCGGAGGACGGCGUAGAGCAUGAUGUCAUCUUCCAACCGGACGCAACGGAGAAGUUUAACUUGAACAUGUCGUUUUGCUCCAGCACUCCUGUGGAUUACUACAAAAAGAACUCGGCUGGUUUCUCCGACACCAUGGGCAAUGUAUGGCAAUGGACUGAGGAUCAUUUCAACGGCCUUCCGGGAGCUAAGUUUGACUAUCUCUACCAUGACUUCUCGACACCCUACUACGAUGGCUGGCACAAUCUUAUUCUGGGUGGGUCAUGGAUUUCCACUGGAGACUCGGCGUCGUCAUUUGCUCGCUUCUGGUUCCGCCGUCACUUCUUCCAGCACAUGGGUUUCCGUGUUGUGCGCUCCACUAAUCCCCCGCCAGUACAGCUACUUUCCACACAGGUCUAUCAGCCUGGUGCAGGAUUCCUGGACACAGAACUUCAAGUUUCUAACUUCUCGCCGGAACAGAGGGUGAAGAGCUUCACGCCGGAGUUUGACCUGGAGAGCUCCGACAUGAUCAAGGCACAGCUGCACUGGGACUUUGCCCCCAAAGUCAAGACCACCAAGACUCACAAGUCACUUCUUGAGCCGAUGGACAAAUUUGACCAGGAUGACAUCAGGUCAGUGGUGAUAAGGUCGCCGACCAAGACGAGCAGCUCAUCUACAGCUAGUUUCUGGGGUGAACUCUCCGGCACAGUGGGUACUGCAACCAAGCUCGUCAAGUCGUGCGAAGGCAGAGCGUUAGUCAUUGGCAGUGGAACGGGGCGCAUGGCAAUGGAAGUGGCCAAACACCACAACAAUGUUCUGGCCAUUCAUCCCGUAGCCAGGGCUAUUGAGAUAUCGGAGAUGCUGCAGCAGGGAAUAAUUCCCAAAGGUCCCGCAGUCGACGGCAUCAGUCUGGAUGGGCUAGUGCUACCGGAGACUGAGAAAAAGCUCAAGGACGUUACCUUCAAGCAGUUCUUGUGGGUACCACUGGAGAUGGGCAAGUUUGACCUUGUCGUCCUGGCUCUUCUCGACAUAGCCACCUGUCCAGAAUAUUGGAUUUCACGCCUCGCGGACAUUGUGGCAAAGUCUGGAGUUGCAAUGGUUGUGUCAAGCACCUGGAAUGUGGCAAGACUUUCUCCAAUUCUUAACAAGCAUAGGCUUUCCCUGGACAGCUCCUGUCAACUCGUUCAUGACCAACCUUCGCUGCAUCUCCCAGUGAGCACUGAGAAAACUACCCUGUCUGUCUCAACGUGGAGACACGCAAGCACGUGAGAACGGUCUACGAUGAACCGUGCUCUGCACCACUUGCUGCUCAGUGAGCAUCCUUUUUUGAAUGUGACCGCUGUAUUUAUCCGAGUCUGCUGGAUUAUUCAGUACUUGAAGCGGCACAAUGUCUGUACAUACCUUGAGGAAUGAUGAACAAUUUGAGCACUUUCUCUUGCACACUUCCCUGUGAAUAUCACGCCAAUGGUAGCGCUUUGUUUGCUUGGCGUGCAACUCCAGCAUUUAUGAAUGAAAUAUUUGUAAUCACGUAUUUUCUUAGUGUUGCUGCUGUGGAAAAUGAACCAACAUGCACGCCAAGUUGCCUAGGCUUGGUAACCGAUUGGCACUGAUAGUGAGGUAUAGUUCAGUGCACGUGUAAUGUAUAUUCUAUUAUCGUUGACCUUUCCUGUGUAUCAUACACAUGUACAUGUACAUUUAAAUCUACUGCACAAACUAUGCUAUGGCCUGAGAAGAAAUAUUUGCCGAAAGAAUCAUUUCCCUUGAAUACACUACAUGUACACUCAUGUUGCUGUGUUUGGAGAAGAUGACGCUCCCUUGCCGCUUCCUGCUGGUUUAACAUAAUAUAACGAGAAAGUAUACUCAA